UGGCGUUCAUAUAUUCAGAUAUAUUUUAGUUCAAACCAAACUCAUCUUGUUAAUUGUGAAAAUGGCAACUCUUUCAACUUCCAUUAUAUUUGUGUCAUUGUUUUCUUUUUGUGUAGCAACUUCAACAGUUCAACAGCGACAAGCGUUUAAAACUUGUAUGAAAGGCAAGCAAAGAAUCGGCCAAUUGUCUGAAGAUGCAAUUGCACACUGUAGAAAAUUAGCGCGACAGAAUCAACCGCCAAACACAAUUCAAGAAAACGAUGCGGGUCGAGAUGAACAUCAACACAUCGCUACAAAAUCAUCUGAAGAGAUAGCAUUCAAGUAUUUUAGGAAUCUUGGAAUGUGGAAGAAUGGUCUGACGGAAUUGGGAACUGGAUUAUUGGACGAGAUUUGUUCGUGUUGGAGGCGAUCGGAAUCUGUUAAAGAAGAAUGGACGUCGCUAUUCGAAAAAAGAAAAGACAACGAAGUUGCCAUGUUGAAAGUCGUGAAUCAGAGAUGGACAGGAGAAGAAGGAAUUGCUUCAUUUGCUCCAAUUUCAAAGAAGUUGCACAUGCAGGAUUUGACAGCCGGAGAAUUGAUAUUGCAUCGUGUUAGCCCUUCCAAAAUCGGAGAAAACUUCGGAAGAUAUCGCACUGCGGUUUAUUCUACUUGGAGAAAUGUUAGUAAAUCUAGGAUUCAUGCCGACUUUCAGUCAGCCUGUCCAUCUACUAAGGGAAACAUAAUGAUGCUAGACCUUGACCUUCAAAACUUGGUGGAAUGGAGAAUCGCCGGUGAUCAAUUGUUGAAACUUCACAUUCGUGUCCUGCCUCGUCGGCAAUAUAUUGCUGGCGGUAUGCACACAGCAACUAAGACCAGAAUAUCGGUUGUGGAACAAGUUGUGGGUCUUGUUUUGCACUUCACUCAACCGAAAGAAGACAUUUCGCCACAUUUGGCUCGUGCUUUUGUGAAACCUUCGGUCAGAUCAGAUGGAAUGUCAGAGAAUGACUUGCCUAAACUUGUUCCGAUAGAGAAUAAUGAAGCGCAAGCAGAUGCUAUCAAGCAAGACGGAAAUGAUGAUACCAUGAAGAUUUUACUAGGAACUGGAACGUCAUCGAAUGAAAAGAGUACAGUAAAUCGAGUCUCGGCGAGAGCAAAAAGAAGCGUCGGAAAGUCCAACCGCAGUCGCCAACGACGUGUGCCGGCAAACACAAGACCUCCACCAACAGCUGCAACGAGAACGCCACAAAAAUGUAGAAGAAUGUCUCAUCGACUAAGCCCAAACGCAUACAGGAGACUGAGAAUUCGUCAUCCAGAGUACGAAGAUGAAAUGUUUGAUAUCGGAGAAUGUAUGGGAGAUUGUCCGCGAUCAUUAGCUUCAGAAAAUUUAAAUGUAACUUAUCAUACUGUCGCUAUUUCAGAGAGUUUAGGCACUAAUCCGGAUUUGACCGUAUGCUGCGUUCCUCAUACGUAUAAAAAUGUAUAUUAUACCGGAUAUUCAGAUGAAGAAUAUUUCUUCCAGAAGAUUCUCAAAAACCUCAAAGCAAACUCGUGUGCAUGUCGUUAAAACAGUUGAUGCUUUUCACUGGAAUACAUAUUUUUCAUUCCCCUUUUUGUGAUAUGAACGUACAACCGACCACAUGACAAUUUAUGACGAUGUUGCUGUUACUCGGUAUAAUGUUGUCAGUUGUACAUUAAUUUUUGAACGAUGCUUCGUAUAAAUAUACUAUUUGCUUCAAUGUCAGAACGCAACAUUUUCUUGAAAUCGUUUCCACCUCUUGUUGAUUUCCAUAAUACAAUUUAGUACAUAUUGGCUUACUCUUAAUUAGAUCAGAUUUUGCCUGAAUUUAUAGGUUACUCAUACUUGACAAAAUGUUUAUCAAUGUUAUCGGGAUCUUUAACUUAUAUUCGCCAUUUUGGUACAUUAUGUUGUAUGGCUGUUAUUAUUGCAAAAAUGUUAUUGCACAUUAAAUAAAUAGUUGAAUGUUAAAUCCAGUUAAAGUAAAUAAAACGUUUUUUCUCUUGUAAAA